AUUAAUACUUAAAAAUGGGGAUGUUGUCUAUCCGACUGAAACCAAUUUUUUUGGGUUUAUUGAAAUUUUUAAACAGUAUGAAUUGGUUUAUAAUCUUUUUUAGUUUAAUUAAUUUGUCAAUGUGUAUUUAUGAAGACCAAAUUGGAAAAUUUGAUUGGCGCCAGACGUACGUAGGUCGUAUAAAAUUUUCACAUUUUGAUACAGUAUCAACUGCAAAGAAAAUAAUAGUAGCCACUGAAGAAAAUGUACUAGCUGCCCUUAAUUUGAAGACAGGUCAGGUAGUGUGGCGUCAUGUAUUUGAAAAUGCUAGUCCUGGAGACAUUCAAUUAUUGCAUUAUAGUGAAGGUGAGAAAGUGACCACAGUUACAGGAUCAAAUCCAUUCCUAGUCAGAGGUUGGGAUCCUGCUACAGGGGUAUUGCUAUGGGAGUGGCCAAUAUCUAUCAUAGACAAUGAGAGAGCACAUUUAUCAGAAUGGUGGGUGCAAAAUGGUAUGCUUGUACACUUACUACCAGCAUUUGGCUCACAUCUAGAGGUUACUAUGUAUAAUUUGAUGACUGGUGCCAACAAAGGAGUUACAUCAAAGUUACCAGCUGUUUGGACUAAUGAUGGGUGUGUUCUAACUCCACCAUACUAUACUUGUAUAUCAGGUAGUAUGGGCAACUACAUGCUUUUAACAUUAGACGUUACAUCCAAUGCAGUACAAAUAAUUAGCAAACCACUAUCUAAUUACUUUGGUGAAAAAGAAGUAAUUGAAGGUAAUCUACGCUCACUAGAUGGAAAUAAUGUGCUACCUGGCUUUAUUAUUGACGAUAAAAAAGUAUUAUUGAUUAAGAAUAAUGAAUUUGAGCAAUUAAAUAUAAAGUUAGCAGAAGACAGUACAGCAACACUUGUUGAUGCAAUGAAUGAGCUGACUUUGAUACAGGCUUCAAGCGACGAAAACAAGGGCUUUGCAUUGUCAGCUUACAAUAUUGCAACUGGCAAGGAGAUAAUGGAUCUACGUAUAACUGAACCAUCACUUCAUAUUCCCGAACCUGAAAUACUAGAAAUAGUUUGUUUGAAUACAGCAAGAGAACAGCGGGCAUGCAGGAUACUUAUUAAUGGAGCUGAUGAUGCAGUACAUCUUAUGCAGCAAGGAGGCCGCAUAAUUUGGUCUCGGGAGGAAGCACUAGCUAACAUAGUGGCUGUUGAAUUUGUUGAUCUGCCUGUCUCAGAAACGGAUGCUGCACUUGAGUCAGAAUUUGAUCAUAAAGAAGCCAUCAAGGUGUACAGUUCAGUAUGGGCAGCAUUCGUUCGUCGUCUAUACACGCAGUACCAGCAGUUGCAAACGCUGCUACAGAACUGGCUAGGCGAAGGCUUUGAGGCGGAUUCCCCGACGGCACUUGUUAGAGAUUACUUCAACUUGCAUAAGAUUAUUGUUCUCAUUACUGAUGUUGGAAAGAUAUACGGGAUGGACAAUCUAUCUGGUGAAAUACUCUGGCAACGCUACGAUGCUAACCUAAACACGGAAUCCGUUGCUAUGUUUACGCGACGCACGGCGAGGCAUCCACCGCACGACGCGUACAUCACUAUUAUUGGGAAACAUGAGGAAACAGGCAAUGGUUAUAUAAUAAGCCUAAACCCGAUCCGCGGUACAUUAGUGGGCGAAAGGGCGUUACAACUCGAUGUGAGGUUGCAGCAAGUUGCCUUACUUCACGUCGCUGACUCGGAGAAACUUUACGCUCUUGUAUUGUUGGACGAAGAUGAAUCUGUACAGGUGUUGCCAGUCUCCGCAGCGCCGUUAGUUCGAGAUCUCUAUAUGUACGUCGCUGACAGAGAUACAGGCAAAAUGCAGGGCUACACACUUAGAUAUAAUGGCAAGCAAGUUGUAGCCCAACGGACAUGGUCGUUGAACUUGGGCGGGUCUGGUGCACGCAUAGUAACGAUCGCGGGCAAGAGUCGCAACGAACGCGUGCACUCGGCUGGCAAACCUUUGGCUGAUCGGAGUGUAUUGUAUAAGUACUCCAACCCUAAUCUUGUGCUCGUAGUGUUGGAGAGGCCUGAUCCUAUACAUAAAGAUGUAGUAACAGCGGUAGCUGUAGAUGGGGCAUGUGGCGCAGUAGUAGCGGCGUCUACGCACCGACGGGCGCGUGCGUUGCCUCUCGCCGUACACGCGGACAACACGAUCGCGUAUUUAUAUAGAAGCGAUAAGCAUCGACGAUUGGAGAUUGCGACAAUGGAAUUAUAUGAAGGAAAAGAGCGUUGGCUACCAGCGGGCACGCAAUUUAGUUCGUUCGCCUGCGCGCGCGCACCGAGCGUAGAAAGACAAGCGUAUAUCUUACCAGGUGCCAUCACUGCAUUGGCUUUUACUACUACGGAACGAGCAAUUACGGAUACGCAUAUAUUACUCGCCUUAUCGACGGGGAAAAUAUUAGAGCUCCCCUGGUCGUUUGUGGAGCCCCGUCGUCCUCUCACCCCUACAGGAGAGCAUCGGGAAGAGGGGUUGAUCCCCUAUGCACCUGAAGUGCCCCUGCCUUCUGAAGCCUCAUUGAACUAUAAUCAGACAACUCACCGAGUAAGAGCUAUAUACGCGGCCCCAUCGGGAUUGGAGUCCACCAGUUUGGUGCUUGCAACUGGAUUAGAUAUAUUCUACACUCGAGUGGCCCCUUCGAAGACAUUCGAUCUCCUCAAGGACGACUUUGACUAUCACCUAAUAACAAUAGUACUGGGUGCGCUCAUAGUAGCCACAUACAGUACUAAAUAUUUCGCCUCGAGGAAAAUGCUUAAACAGGCGUGGAAGUGAUACUAUCGCUUUAUGAGGAAUUUGAACUGUUUAAAUAUUAUAGGUUUCUUAAAAAACCCAAAACCUUUGGUCGAAAUGCUUGAAUUUUCUAGUUCUUAUUGCUUCUGCUGUAAUACAAAUUAUUCGCUACAUCUUUUAUAGUACCGUGAAUUUAACUCGUUCUCAGUACUAACUACAAAAAACUGUCUUAUUAUUAAGGAUAGCUAAGUAUUAAAAGCAAUAUUUAACUUUACGGUUAAUAUAUAAUUUAUUAUUAACCUCCACUGCCAAGCUUUCAGUUCAAAUUCCUUUGUGUGUGCAUAGAUUAAGUUAAUAUUGGCUAUAGACAAAAUGGUGCUAAUUCCAUAUAUCCACUAUAAUUUUGUAUGAAAUAUUUCUUAAUAUAAACCUUGCUUAACACCAAUACAAUUACUUAAAAUUUAAAUUGUUGUAAUUAAGAAUUGUUUUGAAAAAUAUUUAAUAUUAAAUUGUUUAAAAAAAAAACCUAUAGAAAAUCAGAAUUAGCACCAAACCAAGUUUUAUUUGUAUCGCCGAGUUAAUACGAUGUGAAUAAUACAGAACUAUCGUGCAUCUCUUUCUUGUCUAUGGCCUCGGCUGACUCUACCAAAGAAUAGUACUGUGGUAAAGUUAAUAACUGAAAUUUGGAUACCUAAAUAAUAACCAUAAGGCGUUGCCACUAAAACUUUCUACAACACAUAAAUUGAAAAUUAAUAAUAUUACAUACCUAUUUUUGUAUUGUGAAACAGUUAUCGUUAUUUUAAUCACUUACUAUAUUUGACAUGAGUAAGCCGGAAGAUCUAGUUGGCUGUUAAAUCUUGGUUGCCAUAGCAACGCUGUCAAAUCGUUGCUAUGGCAACGAAAUGUAAGUUAUUGUACUUUUAAGGCUACGGCUCCACAUAAGGUAUUUUAAUAUUAAAGGCUAGGAUAAUAUAACUUAUAAAUUCAAUUUUAUUUAUGAAUAGCAAAUUUGAUAGAGGUUAGUAGUUACGCAUUAUACAACUAACAUUUUUAUCUAGUCUUUGGCCAAGUGGGGCCGUGGCUAAAAAGUAAACUUUGUAGUGAACGCUUAAAUCGAACAGAUUUUAAGUUUAAGUAUUUAAGUUCAUAAUGAACUAACAAUUUUACAUAUACUAUUACAAACAUAAGGAAGUAUCACCAAAUAGGUUAACUUUUAACUAGUUUGAAUUUUAACAAGUGCGAGUUAAUAUAAAUAAAUAUUUAACUAUCAUUUAUAAGGUAAUAUGGAAUUAUUUAGUCUCGAACUCUCAGAUAGAGGAAUGUCGAAAAUACAUUUCAACAGAAUAAAACAUUAAUCCGUAGACAAUAAAUGAAUUCAAGAUGGCGUAAUGUCAAUGUUCAAAUGUGUUGCGUUGAUUCUGUUCAUUGGUCACGCCUUUUAUCAGAAUAAAUAGGAUUUUAUUUUAACAUAUUAUAAUAGCUAGUGCAAUUUAGUUAAUAGGGUGGUAUGUAAUUGUUAAGACCAUUCCAAACGGAAUUUAUUUGAAUAGAACAUUAUUUAAUUAUGGUUUGUAGAUUAAAUUAAGUAUAAUUCCUGUGUUUGUGCUUUAAAUACCUAACAUCGAGUCUGUACAUUAAGAUCCUUUGAAUGUGGCAAAAUAUGUAUGUAACUGCUCCUACUGUGUAAGAAAUAAAAAGCAUGCCAGUUUAGUUGAAAUCAAAGAAACGGUAUUUUUUGUAUCGUAUGACGUCAUAAAGGCCAGAAAACUGCGAUGAGAUUUCCGAUAACGAGUCAGCAGGGAUGACCUCAUGAUACAUUUUCACACAAGGCUUGGAAAGUUCAUAAAUGACCCCUUUAAAAGUGGAAUUACUAAUUACCGCCAUCUAGAUGCAGCUAUAUGAAAUUUUAUAUGAAUACAACGCCAUCUAUGUGCAGUAUAUGAACUUUUACUAGGGUUUUUGGUUUUUGUUGGUCUAUUGGUAGUUGUAUAUUAGGGUGCAGCCAAUCAUUUAAAAUAAAUAUAAUACAUUUGGAAUAUAUUAAAAGUUUUAUAUAGUAGGUAGUCUUAUGUAGUUCAAUUUUAUAUACCAUAACACCAAUGUUGGAAAACUAAAUUUUUAGGGUUUAGAAAGUAUAAAAAUUAAGUCUAUAAAAAUUUUAGUAUGUAGUAUUUAUCUUGGUAAAUUGGCAUUUUGUAUCGGAAUAAAUAAUACAAUUUUUCAUAUAAAUUUAACAUACAAGCGUCUCGUUCAAAUAAAUAGGAUUAACGUUUUGAUGGAAAGAUCCUAAUCAGUCAUAUUAUAAUACCACCACAAAUUAAAAAAAAAAUGAUCUCCUUUUCUACUUUUCCAUACACCAGUAGUUUCUAUGCUCCUUAUAAGCCUAUUUAAAAAAAUAAUACUUCUCUAAAAUAAUAAUAUCUCUUUGGAUAUUUAAUGUAUUUGUGACAUUACAAAAAUCGUUUCCGAACGAAAAUUAAUUUAAUGGUUUCCAUAUUGUGAUUAUAGAUUCAUUAAAAUAUUGAAUAUUUUUUCAUUUGUUUUCGGUUACAUUCAUGAUUGUCGUGACACUACUACUAAUUAAGACAUAUUAUUAUAGUAUGUGAAAAGGCCAUUAAUACAGAAAAGCAAUACCUUACUUAGAUUUAGCCAUUAUAACGCUCCAAUCACUGUAAUAUUAAUUCCGUUAAGAAAUUUUAUAUCCUGAAUAUUUAAUCCCUGUAAAAUAGUAAUAUUUGGUAGACAUCAAGUUUUUUGUGUGCAAAGAACAAUUAUUAUUUUAAUGCCGAGGGUUUUUUUAGUUUUAAGAGUAGGUAUACCUGGUGAAUUGUUAUUUAUGUCUGACUGUACCAUCUUCCGUGUAAAUAAUGUGAAUUCAGGUAUAACCAAUACACACUUUAGGAUUCAUAAGAGUAUGAGAAAUACUACCAACGUUAUUGUUCGCUAACUGAAAACUUACAUGCUCUUAAAACCAAUAUAUAACAAAAGUAUUUUUUCCAAAAUCUACCUAAAACGACUAUACAUAUAGUAAGCGUGUGACUCGGAAAUAGUGUUUUUGGUUUGUGUAGGCCCGUGUACAAAUAAGUACAUUCAUUUAUAAUUUUUUUUAAAUAGAAAUAGAAAGACGUAAAUACUGUCGAAACAAAUGUGCAGUGGAUGGUACAGUCUCGUAAAUUUAUUAUACUGUAGCCUUAUAAACCUGCAUCAAUGUACAAAACUUGUUGCAAAGAUAUAGCGUAUAUGAUAUUGUUUACCGAGACACUGUUUGUAUAAUAAAUCUGAAUAACCUAC